AGCAGGGAUUCCCAAGCCAACGUCAGGCCCCAAGUGCUGGUGACGAGAGGCCUUUGGCAGUUACCCAGUUUCCCUGUAUAAGACGCGUUGUGUGCCCCUUGCUGCCUCACCUUGCAAAGAUGAAGAGCGAAUCUCCCCCCUCUUAGCUUCAAGCUUCACCGUCUCUUGCUUUCUUUCCCUCUUCACCUUCCCCAGGUUAUUCCCCAGCCUGGUGAACAAACGGGGCGACCGACAUUUCGCCGCCUACAAAACUCUGUUUCUCCAGCUGCCGCUUUCCGAUCGAAGCAUUAGGAGUUUCCGAACGUCAAUUCUCAACCAAAAUUAAGCGCUAUUGACAGCCUAGGGCUAAUAGAGCAAGAUGUUCAACAACCGAAAGUUCUCGAUCAACCGGCACACCGGUGUGCCCAAGCCCAGACGCUUUAGUAUCGGCGAGAUUGGAGGCAACGAGGUCCAGUCCAAGACUCACAGACAGUUCCGUAACGCCCACGAGGGCCACCAGCCCCAUGCUGGUCUUGAUGCCAGCCGAUCCUCCACCGGUGUCGUCUGGUGCACUGAGCGCGCCUCCGAGUAUGGCUUCCUCGAGGACCCCGACUCUUGGGCCAAUUUGGGUCAAGGUGCCCCUGAAGUCGAAGAUGACAUUGCCGGUUGCUUCCCUCGCCCCACUACCAUCGACAUCUCGAUGGCCGGUCGCGAGUACGGCCCUACUGCGGGUAUCAAGGAACUUCGCGAGGCUGUCGCUAACCUCUACAACGUCAUGCACCGCGAGGGCAAGGACAGCAAGUACACCUGGGAGAACGUCGCUAUUGUUCCCGGGGGUCGCGCCGGUCUGAUUCGUAUCGCUGCCGUUCUUGGCAACUCCUAUCUCUCCUUCUUCUUGCCCGACUAUACCGCCUACAACGAGAUGCUGUCCCUCUUCAAGAAUUUCUCUGCCAUUCCCGUCCCUCUGUCCGAGGAGGACGGCUAUCACAUUCACCCCGACCGCAUUGCUGAGGAGAUUUCCCGUGGUUCCUCCGUCAUCCUGACCUCGAACCCUCGUAACCCCACCGGUCGUGUCGUUGCCAACCCCGAGCUGGCCGAGAUCCAAGACAUCUGCCGUGGCCGCGCCACCUUCAUCAGUGACGAGUUCUACUCUGGCUACAACUACACUAGCAACUGUGACGGCAACACUAUCUCUGCUGCAGAGAACGUCGAGGACGUCGACGAGGACGAUGUUCUCAUCAUCGAUGGCUUGACCAAGCGCUUCAGACUCCCAGGCUGGCGUAUCGCAUGGAUCCUGGGUCCCAAAGAGUACAUCAAGGCUAUCGGCUCCUGUGGUAGCUACCUUGAUGGUGGCGCCAACCACCCUUUCCAGGAGGCGGCUGUUCCCAUGCUCGACCCCACCCUGGUCAAGGCGGAGAUGGUCUUCCUCCAGAAGCACUUCCGCGACAAGCGUGACUACGUCGUUCGCAGACUGCGCGAGAUGGGUUUCAUCAUCAAAUAUGUCCCCGACUCGACUUUCUACCUCUGGCUGAACCUCGAGGGUCUCCCUGGCCCGAUUUCUGACGGUCUCAACUUCUUCCAGGCCUGUUUGGAGGAGAAGGUCAUCGUCGUUCCUGGCAUUUUCUUCGACCUGAACCCGUCGAGACGUCGUGAUCUUUUCGAUAGUCCUUGCCAUCACUUUGUGCGUUUCUCGUACGGCCCCAGGAUGGAGACCCUGAAGAAGGGCUGCGACGGCAUCGAGCGUGUUGUCAACAAGUUCCGCAAGUCUUCCGACUAAAUGCGGUGAGAGAAUGGUCAGAGUUAGCCGUUUGGAUGGAAUCGACGAUAAGGGUAAGCCAAGAAAAAACACGCCAAGGCGAGACCAAUAUUCCAAUGUUCAGUACCUGCAUGCAUACACGCAGACAGCACAGAUAAUGCCGAAAUGAUCCACGCGCCAAUAGGGUGACGUGUCCACACAAUGAAGAAUCGAAGAUCAAGAUUCACUGCAUACGGUGCAGUU